UUAUGUAAAUAUCAAUUUUAAUCUGUCCGCGCGACAACUGGCGGGGCCAUCUGACGUCGACGAGCGGAGCGAGUCAAAACGCUGUUCACGAGUGAGUGGAGCCAUCUAGCGUCGACGAAGAUGCGGCUUUGGAACACGAAGGGAUCUUGAAUCUUUCGCCCGCCACCAUCUCUGCUAUCGUACUCGCAUCGUAGUCGCUGCUGCGCCGCCGCAUCCCUCCGUAAGCCGCGGUCGGCCGCAGUUCAAAACCUGUCGGUCUGCAUUCCAGUGCCCCGGUGAACGCCAGGCGAGUCGUCAUCUAGUAUCGUCACCGUCGCUGUCCCUACGUACAACUGUAUGUACAACACGCGAGUCAUUCGUUCGCAACGGAUCGCGUCGCGUCGCGUCGCGUCGUACCGCAGUGCAUUUAACGAAACGUGAGCGAACAUGAAGCGACGAGACGAGAAGUGAAAAGAAGCGAGAAAAAGAGGGAGAAAGAAAAGCGGGGCCCGUAACGCGGACCACAAAGGACACGGCUCAGCGGACCACCGCCGCCGCCGCCGCCGCCGCCGCCGCCGCCGCCGCCGGCACCUCGCUGGGAUCCUCCUCGCCGGAGCGAGAGCGAAAACGACAUAUCGCCUGCGAACAAGAUAAUCGCGUGCAACAGGACGACUUUCUCGGCGUUGUCGGCUUGGUCGCGCGGCCAGACCGAAAAAAAGGUAUCCUAAGAAGCUUUCUCAACUUCACUGUUAAUCUUGGCACGUGGAGGAUGCUGAUACAAGAAUUCUUCACUUAUGAAGCUUUGGUGCUUUAAACAAACAAUCAUAACGAUGCAUAGUGCUUUCGUCCUUGCCGUCACGGUCCUCGGCGAUCCCAUAAACGCACCGCAAGACCGUCCUUCGCUGGAAUACUAAUGACACGGACAGUCAUUUAUGGCGCAGCCAUAAGUGACUACGCAUUCCGCGUAGGACAGGAAGAGUCCGUUAUGUCAAUCGGCGAGAAGUGUUUUCGGCACAAGAAUGUGUCAAGAUGACAUCUAUCCCCUCUUUAUGUGGCGUUAUCGUAAUCCUGCUUUACGGUCUGAUUACUUGUAUACACGGAGAGAAAGACGAUGGUAUGUCGUUUACUCGGCACCCACAGCCACUAGCCGCUCCAUUAUAUGACGAUGUAAAUUUCGAGUGCAGCCUUAAUCUCCCCGCGGAGAGUUUCGCGUGGCAUCACAGGCCGCUAGGCACACGCAAAUGGAUACCAUUGUCGCAUCCCAACGGUGGCGGGAAAACGUCGCGACUUGUUGUCAAUUUCAACAACGUGUUGAAAGCCGGUGACUAUCGUUGCAUUGCAUUUUUUGGUACAAGCGGUUUUGCGUCCGAUCCAGCGAGACUGACGCUUGCAAUAAUACAAGAGUUCUCCGACAAGAGUGACGUCUUUAUCCAGGUAGCGGAGGGUAACACCGUACCCAUCACGUGUCCUAUGCCGUACUCCGAGCCAGAGGCUAUAGUGAUGUUCUUCAAGAACAACAUGCUCAUCAAGGAUGCGAAUCUGGUCAAUAGUAAGACAAUGGUCAUGAAAAAUGUCAAAUUAACGGACAGCGGCUCGUAUCAUUGCGACGCAGAAAAUUACAUUACGCAACAGACGUUCACGAGCAUGCACAAGACGAUCUUGACGGUGCACGCGAACGUCAGCAAUCAGGAGCCAUAUCUCAUCAAGCAGUCGCCGACAGCGGAGUACACAGUCGUGCGCGACAAGAACAUCACGUUGGAGUGCUUCGGCGCCGGUUAUCCGGUGCCGCGUGUCUCCUGGAGUCGAUUGGGUAGCUCUCUGCCAUUGAAAUCGGAGAAAUCGUCCACUGGUUUGACGAUUGUGCAUGUGCAACCAUCCGAUCGAGGAGAGUACGAUUGCGUGUGGAGCAACAACGUGGGACAAAUCAAAUCCGUCAUUAUACUAAGGGUAAUGGAGCCGCCUAAGGUGACGAAACAGCCGAAGGCAUCUACGUUCUCCGAGGGUGGAGAAUUGGAACUGUCAUGUACUGUGACAGGUGAGCCAGAGCCAACCGUAGAAUGGCUUAUCAAUGGGGAGACGUUGAUGCCUAGCAAAAAUCAAGAGAUCAAAGGUACUACCCUCUUUAUAUCCGACGUCGAGAAGAAACACGCCGGGAUCGUUCAGUGCGUCGCCAGCAACGAGUACGGAUCGCAUUCGUCGGGGUAUAACUUGCUAAGAGUGAGCCCGAAACAGCAUAUUUUCGGCGGCACUACAGAGUCGAAGCCGGAUUACGGAAUUUCCUUGUCAAGACAUAAGCACACCAGAGUCGGUGGUAGGCGUAGAAAUAAAGAGGGAAAAAGGAAAGGCACGGCAGUCCUGGUGCCUCCAAAUCAGCCAAAUGUCACAAGACUAUCUGAUACUUCCGUCAUGGUACGAUGGUCGGUGCCGGAGAAUAAAGGUUUACCAAUACAGUUUUUCAAAGUUCAGUAUCGUGAACUUAGUAGUCCGCUUGGUCAAAAGCCAAACGGUAAACAGACUAAGUGGAUGACAGCUAAUACUGAAAUACCGAAUCACGUGCGGUCCUUCGAAGUGCCUGACCUGCAGCCUGAUUAUACAUAUCGAUUCAGAAUCGCCGCGGUAUACUCGAAUAAUGAUAAUAAAUUAAGCCCGAACUCCGGGCGUUUUCGUCUCAAUCGAGUGUCUGAGAAUAGUAAAAUGCCGAUACCACUGUUGACUAAUACUCAGGCGUUAGGACCGCAUCAAGUAUUGCUAAUUUGGGAGAAUCCCGACAAGGAAGCGAAUAUCGAUGGAUUCUACAUAUAUCAUCGGGCUUCCACAUCAGCUGGCGAUUACUUGAAGACCACCGUUGAAGGAAAGGACGCUUAUAACAUGACCAUCUCCCACUUGCAACCCGACACUACGUACGAGUUUAAAGUUCAGAGUUUCUCUGUAGACGCAGCAUCGGAGUUCUCCAAGAUAUUGAGGCAGAAAACGAAGAAGAUCAACGUCGAGCAUCCGAUUCAGCAAGUGGUGGCGGAAAACAAAGUAAAACCGAGCGAAACUAACAUAAGUGUCAGUGUAUACGUCAUAAUUGCCAUAGUAUUCGUAGCGUCGGUCUUUGUAGGGAUCGUAAUAACGAUCAUAUACAAGAAAGCGAAGUAUAAGCAGAGUCGAGGAUCUUCGCAGAACGAAGGUAAGCCGAUAGCAAACGGACGAGUAAUAAACGGUGGAGUCACGGACUCCAAAAUUAAUAUUACGUCCAAUCCGCUUGCCGGUCUUGACGCAUCCGAAGACAUAAUACAGCCUAAGAGCGGACAACAGUCGUCGAUGGAAAUGACGUCGUUUCUAAACGGCCAAAACAACAACAGCAACAGCCAUAACAACGGCGAUACGGCCGGAUCUGACGUGGUGAACACCACGUCACGUAGCGAGCCGUCGUCUCUACUCCAAGGGCCGCUGCCUAUCGAGCAACGUUUGUGAAUCGUAGCUAUGUCUGUUUUAGUAAGACGGUAAGAUCUUUGACCACACGCGCGGUGUCGCCGUGAACGGACAAAGUGUCUCGCGAUGCGAUGCAAUAUUUGCGGGCUGACCUCCCGCGAAGAGUUCCACAGGCGGGACAUAACACAAAGACGUGACUUAUAUCGAUAUACGUUAUCUUAAUGAGAUUCUGGAACUUAACUUAUAGACUGUAUUUAGCUUCAGCUAUCGCAAUGAAGAGAGAGAGACUGCUGCAAGACAUUUUUAUAUACAGGGUGUCUUAAAUAGUUAUGCUCAAACGUAUCGCUACUGUGAACUGGGAUUAGUUUGGCGCGCGUGCGGGUAACUUCGGCUUGCACGUAAAGAAAAAGACGUAUAAUGUUGCAGAUACCGUGAAACCUCUGACGUUCAACUCCCUGAAAUUUAGUAUAAGUGAAUACAAACAUAAGUCUUCCGCUCGUCGGCAUUUUACUAAUUUUUCACGACGGCCAAAAUAGUUCCAUUUUAUGGUACAUAAUGACUAGAAAAUAAAUCCGGAUCUGAGUUGCAUCCCUUACAACAUAUGUUUGGUUUUUCUUUUGAUAAGAGAACAUUUUAGUAAGAAUUUACGCCCGUUAAGUAGGUACGACAUUCAAUAAUGUACCUGCGAAGUAACUGAUUUAACUGUGUUACAUAUCUACUUAAUGGGCACUAGUGAGCACCGAACAAUAUUUAUCUAGUAAUUUUUAUAUAACUUUUUACGCGAUGUGCGUAUUUUAUACGUGGUUUUGCGAUAUUUUUACAAGGUUCGAUUUAAGAGCUAUUUGAAAUAUCUAAGAUAUUACGUACGUACAAUAUUAUUAACUACUGAAAUCGUUGAAAAAAAGAGUAACGUCACAUUUUACGAUGGUUGCUAUAAAUAUCUUUUUAUGCAAUAAUGAAUAUAAUGUUUGAGUCAUAUAUUGUUAACAUUAUCGUAUAAUACCUGUUAUGAUAGUGUUUUCCUAGCGACAAAGAUCCUAUAAUUUAUUGUCAUCUGUAAUGACAUGCAAUAUUACGUUCUAAUAUUUCUGACGGUCGCUUCUCUUAUCUGAAUUAUGUCUAGCUAACUCUUAUAUUGCUAUGGAGAAGUGAUAAAAUGAUACCUUGAUCGUUAUUUUGCGUCAUCUGAAAAAACUGACGGAAACUGUAAAUACGAAUGUGUAUAAACCUUUCCUUAUAAAUUAUUUAUCAUUUUGGCUUGAUAAAGUGUCACGAACACAUUUGUGAAUCAAUAAUAAAGCUAGCGAAAAUAUACACAUUGUAUAUAUACAUAUUAGAAUAGUUUUCAAACGAUAGGAAGGAAUAUAUAUAUGUGCCUUAUACAUCUUGCCUGGAAGUAACAAUUAUUUAUAUAUUUCUCUGUAUAUGACACCAUUACAUAUGCACACGUGUGCACGCGAGCACACAUUUUUUGUGUACUUAAUUUUUAUAAAAUAAAUUAUAUUGAAAAGAUA